UGACAUCCGUCGACGCUUUAUUGCCCAUAUUAAUCGCGAGCGCGCGAACGAUGCUCUGAUUUCCAUGUACAGCGCGAUGCGAGAGCAAGAGGCGGCCGGCGAUCGUUCGCUGUCGCGAUCACUGCCGUAAUUGUCGUCGUCGUCGUCGUCGCGGUGGUCUGUUUUUUCGCAUUCGCGUCUCCUGGGUUUCGCUGUGACCGCCCGCAAAUAGUCACAUUGGUUAUUGACACACCAAUAUGGCGGUGAAGUGGAGAAAGAUGGGCUUGUGCGGCCAGCGUGCGUCGUGAUCUCUCGUUCCCGGUGCGGUGAGAAUUUUCCCAGGUAACUUCCGGCGUCGACGUGACCAGCCACCGUAGCGGCGGCCGCGGUCGAUGCGAGUCCCUACCUCGUGGCGAGAGACAGCGAGAGAUCUGCGAGUUUUGAUUGAGCGAACGUGAAAGAGGUUGCCAAGUCGAUGUGAAGCCGAGAACAAGGAGGGAAGAUUGCAGCAGUCUAGGAAUCUAGGCGUGUUUGCGAGUUGCGUAAAUACACAAAAUAUGACUGCAUCGUUCGGAAAAGUAAUGCGCACUAGUGUCAAACGUCCCGCCUCACUUGGCAUCCCAUCUUCGAUGGCCCAGGAGAGAUAAGUCAAGUGAGAAGUUUAAACUGAGACCUGUUAACGGCAGCUAUAACCAUGAUGCCAAGUUUACGGAAGAAAGUUGCUGGCUUCAUGCGCCAACUGUCUAUCAGUAAUUUGGCUGGAGCUGUGGAGAAUAUUGGUCAUGGGGAGCAGCCACUUAGAAGCCCACAGUCAUUGACUCAGGACUUUCCUGGUGGCUGUUUCAUCACACGCUAUCUCAGUGGGAUAGAAACGAAACAAGAAGGACCACCAAUUCUUCAUGGUAGAAAUCCAGAAGAAUUACCGAUCAAACAACUCGACAACUUUCAAGAGAAUGGAGAGAUAUUCGCAGCCUACACCGGUCCUGAUAGUGGUCUUACGGCAGUUAAUCUGCAGCAAAAGCACUUAAGUAUUAGCGAUACAGAUAUUGAUUACAUUGACAUGCUAGAUCAGAAUGAGCAGUAUAGAAGUGGAUCAACGACGUCGAAUGUUACAAUCGCCGGAGUUGCCGAUUGGUUUAAUCCCCACGAAAACGCCUACGGAAUAGCAACGACUCUUUACGAGAAGAAUCCUACCAACGACACUAAUAACGGGGAACCGAUAGCCGACUGCUUCGGCGUUGUAGCGAGACCAAACUCUGCCAUACUGGCUCUCGCAGACGGUGUCAAUUGGGGUACAAAAGCGAGCAUAGCUGCCAGAUCGGCGGUUCACGGAAGCAUAGAAUACCUGAACCGCGCACUAUUCUGUCCAUCUAUCAGUAGCGAAACCACAACAACCAGAGACGUGUUCAUAGCGUUACUGCGAUCAUUCCAUGCCGCGCAUUCGUUGAUCCUUCAGGAGCAAGGAAUGCUUACUACCUUAACAGUAUGCACAAUCCUUCCACUGCCAAGCUCAAGUACUGAUACGAAUAUAUGCCACAAAAAGUAUAUUGCCUGUACCUGCAACGUUGGUGAUAGUCUGGCUUACGUCUAUUCGAGGAAGUCUGGUGUGCGAGAGAUAACGCGAGGAUCUCACGAUAUUCAUUGCAUGCGAGACAUGCGAGAUGCCUUAGGAGCCUUAGGCCCAGUAGAUGGCUCUAAUCCUGAACUGAACAAUUUGACGUUGGCUAUAACGGAGGUCGAGAGAGGCGACAUAGUAUUUUUGACGAGCGACGGGAUCUCCGACAAUUUUGACCCCGUAGUGGGGAAGUUUGCAAUUUUACCGAGCCACAGCAGCGGCGCCGACGCCACGAUGAAGAGCCACGACGCGAGGUCGAAGACGCGCCGAAAAUCCGCGGAGAAUUUGCGGCAUACCGAGUCCAGCAACAGUAAUGGCAACAGUAACAAUUUGCCGGUAGUCGAGGCUUAUCAGAGGCAUGAGCUCACGUUACUGAGGAUGGAGGACUUGCUGAGACGCGGAGUUUCCGGAGAAGGGCCACCGUGCAAUAGUGCCAAGCAUCUGUGUGAACUUCUUUUGGAUUUUGCGGUACGAAUAACUGCCGCGAAGAGACGAAUCCUAGAAGACACGGAAUUGUAUUACGCACAACAUAAAGACGGUCAAUUGAUACAACUUUCCAAGCAGGAGCAGAGAUCUCGACGAAAAAAAACACUGGAGAAGAUCUCCAUGAUACCCGGCAAGUUAGACCACGCGACGGUCGUAGCGUACGUAGUCGGAUCCUAAAUUUCGUCAGAGCGAAAUUUAUAAUUACUCCCUAAUAAUAUAGAAUAUAGUUUUCAUUUGUGUAUGAUAAUAAAACGAACUUUCUAUACUAUCAGAAGGCGUCGAUAACAUCUAGCUGUUCCGGCUUAAUCAAGACGCUGUUCAUUUCACGACUUCGGAAUUCGGGAUGUAUCUUAUAAAAGAAAAGAAACUCGAAACGUGAAAAGAAACUAACUUGAGAACUGGACUAGGCGUUAUCGACGAUUUCUGUAUAAUAUUCUUAUUCUGGUAUCGAAUAAAAAGAAAAUAUAUCUUUUACAAGUCGAGAUCGUAAAUUACUCAUCUUUGUAAGCGGCUAUAAUUUUAUAUAGAACGAGGCGAAUCGCCCGCGAAAAGUGUAUGUAACUGUACAAAUACACGCGUCGUGGAUGUGUGAUAUAUCCACGAGAAAAAUA